AUGGAGGACUCGGACUCGGCCGCGAAGCAACUAGGUUUAGCCGAAGCGGCGGCGGUAGCUGCCGCUGCUGCAGUGGCUGCAGCAGCGGCAGCUGCCGCAGCCGCAGAAGAAUCCGAGCAGCAGCACGAACAUCGAGGACAGGUGCCCGGUUCGGAGGCGGAGCCACAAGAGGAAGAGGAGGUGACGGCUGUCACCGUAAUGGCGGCAGAUGCCGAACACAUUGAGAUGGGAGCCGAAUCCCUGCCGAGUGCGGACGAGGCUGCUGCAGCAGCUGCCUUUGCAGAAGUAACCACAGUAACAGUAGCCAAUGUGGGUGCCUCUGCAGACAAUGUAUUCACUACCUCUGUGGCAAAUGCAGCAUCAAUAUCAGGACAUGUAUUGUCUGGAAGAACAGCUCUUCAGAUUGGGGACAGCUUAAAUACUGAAAAGGCUACUCUGAUUGUGGUUCACACAGAUGGCACCAUUGUGGAGAGUGCAGGUCUGAAGGGACCAUCUGCACCUCUUACUACAGGAUCUCAGUCCCCCCCUACUCAAUUAACAUCUGGUCAAGAAAAAGGUGGGACAAAAUAUAACUGGGACCCUUCAGUGUAUGAUAAUGAACUGCCUGUGCGAUGUCGAAAUAUCAGUGGGAUAUUGUACAAAAACCGACUUGGUUCAGGUGGUCGAGGUCGUUGUAUUAAGCAAGGGGACAACUGGUACAGCCCCACUGAAUUUGAAGCUAUGGCUGGAAGGGCCAGUAGCAAAGACUGGAAAAGAAGCAUUCGUUAUGCUGGGAGGCCAAUACAGUGCCUUAUUCAUGAUGGAAUACUGAAUCCCCAUGCAGCCUCAUGCACUUGCGCUGCAUGUUGUGAUGACAUGAGUCUGAGUGGUCCUGUAAGACUGUUUGUCCCCUAUAAAAGAAGAAAAAAAGAGAAUGAAUUGCCUACAACUCCAGUGAAGAAGGAUUCCCCCAAAAACAUCACCCUGCUUCCUGGAACCGCUGCCACCACAUUCACUGUGACUCCUUCAGGACAGAUUACGACUUCUGGAACAUUGACCUUUGAUCGUACAGCAGCCGUGGAGGCCACGGCGAUUAUCUCAGAAAGUCCAUCCCAAGGUGAUGUUUUCACUGGUACCACUGUGCAAGAUACAAACCUUCAGCCACAACCUUGUCGGGUCAGUCAUCCAGAGCCUCAUUAUCCAAGUUAUCAAGACAGUUGUCAGAUCUCAGCAUUCCCCGAAGCAGCUUUGCCAACUUCUCACCCCAAAAUUGUGUUGACCUCACUUCCUGCCCUGGCAGUGCCCCCUGCUACCCCCACUAAGACAAUCUCCUCCUCUGUGAUGAAUGGACUUGAAAUGACCGAACAACGGAACUGGCUUUACCUAGAGGAGACGGUCAAUUCUCUGCUUAACACAGCUCGGCAGCUGAAGACGCUGAUCGAACAAGCUAAGCAGGCCAGCUCUUCCUACAGAGAAGCUGCUGUUUCUCAAGCGAAAUUGCAAGCUGAUGUGGAAAGGAAAGAGCAAUCCUGUGUAAACUGUGGCCGGGAGGCAAUGAAUGAAUGCACCGGUUGCCAUAAAGUCAAUUACUGCUCAACGUUCUGUCAACGGAAGGAUUGGAAAGACCAUCAGCAUAUGUGCGGGCAGUCAGCCACAGUAACUGUUCAGACAGAAGAUGAUCAUGAUACAGAUAAUGUGAUUGAAAAAGUUAUUGUCUAAAACCUUCUUUCUUCAUGGAUUGUG